GUAGGUCACAGUAGGUCGUGUGAGACGGGCUUGUCAACGAUAAUCAGCAUUGACGACGCUUGGAGAAUGCUCGCACUUCGUCCCUUUUGGGGACGAAGUACUGGUCUAUGGAUCAUGUGACCGACGAACAAAAUGGCUGCCCCCGGUAAGGACGAUUUUCGCUUUUUUAGCCAAAUUCUGCUGGUUUUCUGUGUUUUCUGUUCGUCAAAUGCAUUGUUCCAUUACCGAAAUGGUUUCCUUGGUUCUCCUCGAGUUUCUGCGAAUGUGACUUUACCACCUGAUGAAUGGUUCAUACAGAAAUUAGAUCAUUUCAACGCUGCAGAAACAAAAAACUGGAGACAGCGCUAUUUCACAAAUGCCUCAUUCUACAAAGCUGGUGGUCCAGUUUUCUUAAUGAUAGGUGGUGAAGGCACAGCUAAUGCGAAUUGGAUGGUGGCAGGCCAGUGGCUGAGAAAUGCUAAGAAGUACAAUGCCUAUUGCCUCAUGCUGGAACAUAGAUAUUAUGGGGAAAGUCAUCCAACAAGCAGUAUGACAACUGAAAAUCUCCGAUAUUUGAGCAGCGAACAAGCCCUUGCAGAUCUGGCAAAUUUCCGAAAUAAAAUGGCAGUGAAACUGGGUUUCGAGAACAACAAAUGGAUUGCCUUUGGAGGGUCCUAUCCAGGCACCCUUGCUGCCUGGUUCAGAAUGAAGUACCCACAUCUUGUUGCUGGAUCUGUAGCGACAAGUGCUCCAGUAUUUGCCUUGGUAAACUUUAAAACGUAUCUCUCUGUGGUGAGGGACUCGCUAAACACAUUCAGCAGCACCUGUAACCCCCAAAUCAAAAAGGCAAAUGAAGCUAUAACAAGCCUGCUAGCAGACGCAAGUGGACGAGAAAAACUAGCGAAGAUGUUUAUGACGUGUGAUCCAAUUGAUCCAACAAAUGAAAAUGACAUGGCCAAUUUCUACAAUUUGCUGUCCUUGAACUUCCAGAAUGUUGUGCAGUACAACAAAGACAAUAGAGCUUUUGAGGGUGCAGUCGACACACAGCUUACCAUAGACUUACUCUGCAAAAUGAUGAAUGAUGACAACAUUGGUGACACUCUUGGCCGCUAUGCUGCUGUAAACGCUCUGGUCCUGAAAACGUACGGCACAAAAUGUCUCGACUUCAAAUAUACAAACUACAUCAAGAAUAUGCAAGUGACUGAUUGGACGUCAAAGGAAGGAGUUGGAGGUCGUCAGUGGAUGUACCAAAGCUGUGUGGAGUUUGGUUUCUUCCAGUCCUCAGAUUUAAAGGAUCAGCCGUUUGGCCAGCACUUUCCCAUUAAAUUUUUUACCCAACAAUGUGCUGACAUCUUUGGUCCAAAGUUCACACUCGAGCUCCUCCAGCGUGGCAUCAAUGAAACCAACACGAAUUAUGGCGGUUAUCACAUGAAAGUCACAAAGGUGGUCUUCCCAAAUGGUGCUAUUGACCCAUGGCAUGCACUUGGCAUCACCAAGGACUUAAAUCCAACUGCAACUGCUCUCUAUAUUCAAGGGACGGCUCACUGCGCCAACAUGUACCCAGACAGUCCUGAUGAUCCACCCCAGCUGAAGCAAGCCAGGCAGAAGAUAGAGGACUUGGUCGGUCAGUGGAUAGCAGCCAAAUAGACGAUAUUCCUCUGUAAGGAAGCAGCGUCUGAUGUAGCCGGCAAGUUAUUGACAUGUAUGAUGUCGCACAACAUACUCAAGACUUCUGAUGUAAAAACAAUAUUCAUUGUAUUCUUGGUGGUAGGGACAUCUUUUUGGAACAUCCUGUAUAUGAGCUGCAACUUGCCAUCCAGUGAAACUGUUUGUAUUAACUAGUAAAAGCUGAAAGCUGUGCUAAGAAUUGUGUGAUCAACUUGAUUAUUUUGCCAUAAAGAGAUAAAAUUUAUAUUCUCUUCACCAUAACGUAUAUACAUGAUGUGAUAUGUUCUAAAGCAUGAAAUGGAAAUAAAUUUAUAUAUAUUUCUUAAA